AUGUUCUCCACUGCAUCCUUGUUGACAAUUUUCGUCCUGGCUUUGUCAAUCACGGGAUCGCCCGUCAAAGUUCGCAAUUCCCCCAUCACCCUCCCAAUCGCCAGGAGGCUAAAUGUCUCCGAUGGUACUAUUAACCUCGUACAACAGGAUAAAGCUCGCGUGGCUGCCCUUCAAGACCACAUCUUGAAGCACGGCGGCCAUAGCACUCCUGCGACCAACCUUGGUAAUGGAUACUUUGUAGCAGUUAAUAUUGGCAGCCCCGCCACAACUUACAACUUGAUUAUCGAUACUGGUUCCUCAAACACAUGGGUUGGCGCCAAAACUCCGUACGUGGGCACUAGUACCAGCAGCUCCACAGGUGAGCGUGUGCAGGUCACCUACGGUGCUGGCUACUUCUCUGGAACUGAGUACAUCGACACCGUCGAUUUCGGUAAUGGACUCACCAUUGCACAACAGUCGAUUGGUGUUGCUAAUAAUACGUCGGACAACUGGGGAGACGCUGACGGUAUCCUUGGCCUCGGGCCAGUAGGUUUGACAGAGGGUUCCCUGAUAGACGACCCUGGAAUGACGAUCCCGACUGUCACUAACAACUUGCAUAGCCAAGGCGCCAUUCAUCGCGAGACCGUUAGUAUCUAUUUCGAGCCCAUUUAUGGAGUACAGACAAUCAUUAAUGGAGAGCUCACCUUCGGCGGAACUGUCAAAAAAGAGCACGCCGGCUCCAUUACAUACACUCCUAUCACUAAUGCCUAUCCUGCAUCGAACUACUGGGGUAUCGACCAGAGCAUCACCUACGGCGCCUUGACGAUCCUGUCCUCCACUGCGGGUGUCGUCGCUGUUGGGACCACCUUUAUUCACAUUGCCACCGAUGCCUACGAAACCUACAAGUCUGCAACCGGCGGUACUCCGGAUGCGGCGACUGAUCUUCUCCUCAUUUCUUCUGCCCAGUACGCAGCCCUCGAGAACCUGGAUUUCAAUAUUGGUGGCGAAACUUUCUCUCUCACCCCUAACGCCCAAAUCUGGCCUCGCGUUCUUAACACCUACAUUGGCGGUAGUAGCAAUGGCAUCUAUCUCGUCGUUAACGACCUUGGUACGACCAGUGGAAAAGGGUUUGACUUUGUUAAUGGCUACCCAUUCGUCGAGCGCUUCUUGACUGUGUUCGAUGCCUCCCGUUCUCGCGUCGGUUUUGCCAACACUCCGUACACUGAUGCUACCACCAACUAA